UGAUACUAUACCCUAACCUCUAAUGGAUAAACCCUAGGCACCAAUUUUCUAAACCCCAACCCGAAGUAUGAUUUAAUGAAAAACAAAAAUUGACCGUUGAGAUCGGUCGGAGCUCAUCUAACUACAUCUAACGGCUAGAUCACCUGACGUAUACUAUACGUCUGGCAUACACCAGUCAUCACCAUAUAUAUAUAUAUAUAUAUAUGGAAACGACUCGUAUGCGUCAGACACAUGUCAGACACAUACUAUGUGACAAGAUUCUCUACCGUAUUUCUAAUCUAACGGUCAUUAUAAAUUAUAUUAAAAUUAGUAAUAAUAAUUACUACUUGCACCCCUUAAAUAAUUAUAUGUGCUAUGUAGCCCCCCAAUAAUAAUUUGCGUUUUAUUUUCUCACAUGAUACCUAUUCGUUUUUGUGAGAACUCAGAUGAUACCUUAUUUCUUCUAGAUCUUUUAAUGAACACCAAAAAAUUAUACAAUUGAUAAAAUAAAGUUCCAUUAAAAGGUUGCCCCAAUUCGACAAUCCUAAACCACCAUCAUCAUACCACCAUCAUCGUCAUUACGACAACUCUUUCUCGAUAUCAAUUUAUCGGUCUACUUCUCUGUUCUCUUCUCGUUCCAUUGAAUCGGUACGGCGAUGGAAAACCUAAUUUGCGAUUGUUCUUCUUCGUCUUCUAAGGACGCUAAUAAUCUUAGAGAUGCUCUUAAGUACUCAGCUCAGAUGCUUUCCGAGCUCCGGACGUCGAAGCUGUCGCCUCACAAAUAUGCGAGCGUUUGAUGAGAUGAGGAAGCUGGAGAUGUUCUUCAAGGACGAGAGCAGGCAUGGAGUUUCGGUCGUCGAUUUGUAUGAGCUUGUACACCACGCAGGCAACAUAUUGCCUAGACUGUAUCUACUCUGUACGGUUGGAUCAGUGUAUAUGAAAACAAAGGAAGCUCCGCCCAAAGACGUGCUUAAGGAUCUUGUGGAAAUGUGUAAAGGCGUUCAGCAUCCAGUUCGUGGAUUGUUUCUUAGAAGUUACCUCGUUCAAGUUAGUAGGGACAAGUUGCCUGAUAAUUGGGAAUUUGGGGGGCUAGGGAAGACGACGAUACAUGAAAAAACGGCAUCGUUUUGUGCUCGUCUCUUAAUCGAAAGUGGGCUGGAGAACGGCGUCGUUCUAUAGGUGUAGCUGAAAACAAAAAAUACUUGUAAUGGUAUGAGGGUCGAACCAGCGUCCUGGUCAUUACCAUGGGCAUUCUUCACCAUUCAUGCUGAACAAGGAUUUUGAUUCAAUAUACUUCCACUGUUAUAUUUAUAAUAUAAAAUGAGUUCUUGUAAAAUUAAAACACAAAACUAAACUAAGCAGACCUUUUGUACCAGGCCCAAUAGGGCUUAGUCGAGCAGAUCGGCGGCUGCCCCUGCUCUCCCUUUGUCUCUUUAACAAUAAUCAAUUGUAAAAAAUAAAAUAAAACAGAGAACAAUAAUGGCAAAGUUGAAAAUUGGAAGACUACUUACCACCAAAUCUACCAAACGAUUUAUCUUCUGCUUUUUCUCCCCUCCCCAUGCACUGCCUUCUCGGUUUUCCUUCAAACUGAUCGGACACAUACUAAACCGCCCUCAUCCUCCCUCCGCCUCCGUUGCAUGUCUCCGCCUCCGCCCGUCAAGCAACCGCUGGUCGCUCAGUAGCAGUCUCCUCCUCCGGGCCAUCAUCGUCGCCUGCCGCCUCCGCCGCCGAUUCGCUAUAGCGGUUGUGGGAAGAAGAGCGGAGGAAAGUCGCCCGGAGUAACCACGUCGGUUGUGGGAAGAAAAGCGGGCCACCAUCGUCGCCUGCCACCUCCGCCGCUGAUUCGCUCUAGCGUUUGUGGGAAGAAGAGCGGAGGAAAGUCGUCAGGACUAACCACGUCGGUUGUGGGAAGAAGAGCGGGCCACCAUCGUCGCUUGCAACCUCCGUCGCUGAUUCGUUCCCGAUCUGCUCGACUAACCACACGGUGUCGCCGGCCACGUUUCCACCG